CCUGACACGCUAGGUUAUGGAGGACCAGCAGAUUGUAGUUUAUGUUUCAAUAUUUCCUCUAAAAAAAUCGCCUUUCUGAACGUUAAAUGUUCUCUGUGGAGACAAAUAACGUUGAAUGCGAUCAUAGAGGCUACUUUCAUGAGUACUAGGAAGUACCUAAGACUUGCGGACGGGUAUCAUGAAAGAAGCCCAUAUAAUCAGUCAAGCAAAUACUCAAACAAACAAUCGAAUAAUACGUCCGAGAGUCGCUCAGAGAGGUCUUCAAAUAUCAAUGGUGGAUCACGAAGCCGCAACAAUUCACCAAGGUCAAGGCAAAGCAACAUGUCUCCUCGAACACAACGAACGUCCUCAAGCUACAGCAAGACAAAAGAAUUAUCGAGAAGAGGCACCAGCGCAUCUCCAAUUGAACGCAAUGUUUCAUCACAUUCUACUAGUAAUGCAGUACUCAAAGUUGAUAGCAUUAGUACGGAUGAUAGCUUUCCAUGGUCUCAGCAUACUAGCUCAUCUGGAAAAACCUAUUAUUACAACUGUAAGACUGAAAAAUCCCAGUGGGAGAAACCAAAGGAAUGGAUUGAAAGAGAACACCAGUUGGAAAGAGAGAAGAAAAAACAUGAAAAUAAAGACAGAAGUGACCAGACACGGGAUAAUUCACACCCAAAUGUAUACAAAGAGAGAUUAUCUUCAAGAGAUUCCAACCAGGAGUUGUCAAAUAAAAGAGAUAGCCAAGGACAUGCAGUUAUUGGAAACAAAUAUGACAGAGAGAAAAUCACUCACAGCAGAGAUGAGAACAAAAGACAGUCUCAACAGCAUGCUCAAGAUAACAAAAGAAUGCCACAACAGGAUAGCAAGAGAAUACCUCAGCAGCAUGGUUCAGAUAACAAAAGAUUGGCUCAACAUGCUCCUGAUGGAAAAAGAUUACAUCACAAUCAGGCCAACAAUCAAACAUCAUCAAACUCUGUUGUUGUCAAAACCACAUCUGCAAAUACUAAUGCAGUUUCUACUACUGUUCAUAGGCCUGAUCAAGUAUUUGCAAAAGCUGAAACUAAAGUUUCACCAUCAGGAAGUUUACAGAAUGUUUCCCCAACAGUCACUCCAGUUAUCACAGUCAGUCAAAGUACAUCUCCAGCUGUCGCAACCUGUUCCCCUAUCAUGGUAACUUAUCGCUCUCCAGCCAACAUUCAAACUCACUCCCCUGUACAGCAAAAUGCCCAGAGAUUGCUACCAAUGUCUCAAAGAACCUCAACCAACACACCCCCACCUCCACCACCACCUAUUUUCCCCCAGGUUUCCCCAGCACAUAACAUAGUCACAUCACAAGCAAGACAUACUGAAACCUCUCCAAAGAAUGUAGUCCGGAGUAAUGUUGAGGGUUUGUUAAAACAACAAGAAAAUACAAUGUUUAAUGGUCUUCAUGGUCAGUUACAUCCCUUACAGCAAGCAACGUUAUUACAACAGGCUCAAUUCCAAGGUAGCGCUGUUGUUCGUCCCUUGGCCUCCCCCCAAGGUGUUGUAUCGUCACGAUCUCCAGGACCGUCCAGUUUCCAACCUAUUAAACAGUCCAACUCUACCCCUGGCUCCCCCCAGCCAUUCCACCCACGUCCCUAUCAAUCCAUGGCUCCUGCAGUGCAGAGAACCACUGUAACUUCUCUUAAACAACCCAUCCUACACCCUCCAGCCCAGUCUGUUAACCUUCAAGACUAUGUGAAUUAUUUCAACCGUGAUCUCACAACGCACAUCUUCGGUUGGCCAGCGGACACCGUCGAGAAACAGGCGCAAAGAUCAUCCGAUGAUACAACUAAUCUUUGCCUGAUGAACAGCAGAUUAAAAACGGACUUGAUUCCAUUAAACUUUCAUCAAAGUUUAACCCGGAUGCGAAUGGGUGUUGGAACAAAACGGAUUAAAUUUCUUCGCGAACAAACUCGGAAAUUGGAAUCGUCGGACGCUAUUAGUUAAGUUUCAAAUUCAGCGGAAUUUUUAAAUGUUUAAUGCAGUCUCUAAAAGAAGACCACGCUUGUACUAUAGUUAAUGCGUCGAGACCAUUGUAUAAAUUAGCCCUAUUUUACUCGAAUGAACAGUGCACUAACCCUAGCUACGAUUACCGCGACAGCGAUGAACAUAUGUACUGUGAAUAGGAAUAAAUAAA